AAUUAUUUGUACGUUUCAACGCCGAAGAGUUCUCAUAUGAUAAGCGCAGAGAGAAAUUUACAUUUCAAAAUCAACAAAAAACUGAAACAACGCAUCUCAAAAGCAAAAUGCCCGUUACAGUCCCCGCGGCGGAAGUGGCCGGGAUCAUAUCAGGGGGAAUAACUGUGGUUGUGUUCGCAGCCGUGGUGGGCGUCCUUUGCUGGAGAUUCCCUUCGUGCAGAUCCAGGACAUUUUGGGAUAAAAAUAUCAAACGCGCGAUACGGAAGCUCUACGGCAAAUGCAAGAAAAAGAAGGUCAAAGAGGAGAAGAAGAGCCUAAUCAUCGGGCCGAUGAUCAGGAAGAGGAGCCGCGACGAGCCACCGUUCGUCGUCCCGCAGAUCUUCGUCCGACUACGGCAGCCUGUUGGAACUUCAGCAACCAAAAGGACAUACAGAAACUCCUUCAUCACUUUUUCCCCCUCUGGCGCAAUGUGA